AUGGAUAAAGGCAAAGGCAAAUUAAGUGAAGAGCAGGUCGCCGACGCCGCCCUAGAGCUAGAUUGCUACGCCACGAACGCCAGCCAAUGGUUAAGGUUACUGUCAGCACUGCUGGACCAAGUGAGGCCUGUAAUGCAAGCUCACCUGUUAUACUUGAAAGAUAUCUUCGCGAUCACCAAAGUUAAAGAUGGAGAGAAGCAGAGGCGCGAGCGUAAUGCUUCGCCAUCAAGUUACUCAGCCGACGCACCUCUAUCGGACCAACUUGGACAGCCGUCAUCGGAACCCGGCCCAUAUCAGUCGUCGUCAUCGGACGACGGUCUAAUGGACUUGGAAAGUGGUCUCGAAAAGAUAGUUGUCAGCAAGCAAGGAGCGUACACUGCAGACUUCGAGGAGAUUGACUCAGCCGGAAUUCAGCAGCACUGGGAUCUAGCAGCAUUAAAGUACAUGGAUCUAUUAUGCCUUUAUCAAAAGGCCGUUAAUAGUCUAGGCAAAGGCUCUUGCGCUAAACGCAACAAAAGAACACAUGAUUUCUUGAAAACUGCCAGGUUCGAGUACGUACGUUGCUUUCAAGACCAGGCAGAUGGCAACAUGAUGUCGAUGAGGAAGACUAUAGAGACUCUUAAGUUGCCUGGGGGCAACGAGUAUGGGCCAGAUAACAUCGCAAAAAUCAAGGCUUUCAUCCAGGAACACGAGCUGACGAAGGAAGGAAAGCCUUUGAUAUCAGAUAAGAAAUGGGAGGACGAGAAAAGUUUCGACGGCAAUUUCCAUUGUGAGACUCUGAUGUUGUCCCUUCAGCUUCUUCACACGACACAAGCGGCCCGUGACGAAGUCGGCUCUGAUAAGAACAGCGAAGGUCCGUACCUCCGAUUACCAUCCAAAGAGAUCAUCGAUAGCUUUGCCAACCCCGCGAAAGUUCUUCCCGUAUCAAAGCGCUGCUGUCCGGCGUGCCACGCGCUUAUGAAGUACAUUAAUGAGAACGCGAACGAAAAUAUUCUGUAUCCUGGACACCAUGAGAACUGGUUCACGGCGGCAUUACCUCCUUGGAUUCCGCGAAAGGCCGGCAUGGCUGUUAUCAAGGCUGCUGAGAGUAAACUUGUGGAGAGGGUGAAUAAAUACCUGAUAUCUGGUUCAGCAGCUUCAGAUUCUAGCACAGGCACAUCACCCAUUACGUCUUACUGCUUAGAUCGCUUCGUCGGUAUUAAUCCUGGUGGCAUUCUAGAAACUGCGGACUUGUUGAAGAACCGGGGAGAACAAACAAAGCGCAGGAAGUUGGAAUAG